CUCUGUCAGAAGUGACAGCGCCAGGGAGACAGAGUGGUAAAGAUGGACAACCCGUACAACAUCACCUCUUACCUGGAGAUUGACUUUGAACUGGCCUAUGAAGGCGUCGCCACCACCUUCCUGUUGGCGGCUCUGAACUACAUGGUCAUACUGUUCUGUAACAUCACGCUCAUCCUCACCAUCGUGCUCAACAGAUCUCUGCACCAGCCCAUGCACCUGAUUCUGCUCAGCCUGCCUAUCAACGACCUCAUCGGCACGACGGCGCUCUUCCCGCAGGUCCUGAAAGAGAUCCUGACCGACAGCAAGAAGAUCCACUACGCCGCGUGUAUCACCCAAGCGUUCUUUAUCCACAUCUACGCGGGCGGGACCGUGUUUAUUCUCACCGCCAUGGCCUACGACAGGUACAUCGCCAUAUGUCACCCUCUGAGGUACAACACCGUGAUGACCAACGCUCACAUCAUGAAGGUCAUCGGCAUCACGUGGAUGGCGACGGUGGUCGUGAUCGCCGUGCUUUUCUUCCUGCUGCUGCGUUUGCCGCGCUGUCGCUCUGUGCUGACUCAGCCCUACUGCGACAACCCGUCUCUGCUGACUCUGGUCUGUGCCGACACCAGCAUCAACAACAUUUACGGCCUCUUCUUAGUGGCUUUCACGCAGGUGGUGGCCAACGCCACGGUCCUGUACACGUAUCUCCGGAUCCUGAUCAUGUGCUACAAGUCCAAGCGGUCGGACACGAAAGCCAAAGCGUUGCAGACGUGUGCCACGCACCUCAUCGUCUUCCUCCUGCUGGAGUGUCUGGGCCUCUUCACCAUCAUAUCCUACAGAAUAAAGAACGUCUCGCCGUAUUUGAGGCGAUUCAUAGGGCUCUCCACUUUGAUUUUCCCGCCAACGCUGAACCCAAUCAUCUAUGGACUGAAAACGAAAGAAAUCAGAGAAAAGCUGGUGUAUGUCCUGAGGCACAAGCUCUGUUUUCCACUCGUCGGUGCCUUUCGUGCCACACAAGGACAUUACAGCUCCACCAUGUCAGAAGGAAACCACAGCGGUGUGACUGAAUUCCUCCUGACAGGAUUCCCCGGUCUCCAUCCACAGUACCACGGCCUUGUCUCUGCACUUUUGUUCCUGGUUUAUUUCCUAACGUUGGUCGGCAACGCCACCAUCAUUUUCCUGUUUGCAGCCGACCGUCGCCUCCACAAACCCAUGUACUACAUCAUUCUGAAUCUCUGCAUGUGUGACGCUUUGUUCAGCACCACCACGUUGCCAAAGAUCAUCAGUAAGUACUGGUUUGGCUCGGGGAGCAUUUCAUUCAUGGCCUGUUUCAUUCAAAUGUACCUUGUCCACUAUCUGGGCUCGGUGAAUUCGUUGAUUCUCUUCCUCAUGGCUUUGGACAGAUACUUAGCCAUCUGCCACCCUCUCACAUACUCAAAUGCCCUGAAAAUGUCCACUGUCCACAUUCUCAGCGUCAUGGCGUGGAUCAUUUCAAACGUGGGUCCUUUAAUGAUGGUUAUCCGAGCGUAUCCUCUGCCUUACUGUGCAUCCAAUGUCAUCAAUCACUGCUACUGCGAUCACAUCGGCAUCACGUUGCUGGCGUGCACCGACCGAGCACCGUACGGCUUCCCCGCCUUUAUCAUGGCGAUGAUUUUUCUUCUCGGGCCGCUGGCCUUCAUCGUGUUCUCGUACAGCUCCAUCAUCGCCGCCGUGCUGAAGAUCGCGGAUUCGAGCGGUCGCAUGAAAACUCUGUCCACGUGCAGCACUCAGCUCAUCAUCAUCUCUCUGUAUUAUUUACCCAGGUGUUUCGUUUACUUGGCCAGCAACGUUGGCCUCAGAUUUAGCGUCGAUGUGCGAGUUGUGAUAAUCAUGUUGUACAGUCUUUGUCCCCCGAUGGUCAACCCUCUCAUCUACUGUCUGAGGGCGCAAGAUAUGAAAGAAAGUCUUUGGAGACAGUUGAACAAAAGGAGCAUUUCACAGAAAACACAGGUUUCUGCAGUUUGUGGCUGAGUAUGUUUUUAUGUUUUCUUAUUUUUAUUUGGAAAUGUGAAUGUGUCCAAACGUUAUAAUAUUUCCAUAAAAACAAAGAGUUUUUAUGGAAAUAUUAUAACAGCUAAAGAUAUGACAGAUACAUGGUCUCCCGCUUUAUCCUCCACAUGAGGGUUGCAGGGCUGCAGGGCUGCUGGUGC